AUUGGUCCAGCUGUGCAUUCCCCUCGCGACGUUUCGGAGCGGUGGUGGAGAAACUGCGCAGGCUGCAGUCUCCUCCCCCUUCCUCUUUCUGAACUUCUCGAUCCCAAUGGCUUCAAGAUUCUCGUGCAACUCAUUUCUUCUUCAGUUCUUGGACACAUCUACAGGGAUUAAGAAUGGAAGCACCAUUCUCAGGAGAAACUUCCCACUAUGCAACCAUCCCAGUUUCCACAGCUCUACGCUCACAAAGAGAAGGGUCAUGACCAGAAGCGCGACAACAGUAGGCGUUCGAUGCCGUUCAGAGAAACAAGAAGAUUCCAGGACGCUCACCCGAGAUCCUGAAACGAAGCUUCCAUCUUCCAAGCUAGUUCUUGUUGUUGGUGGUUCUGGUGGCGUUGGGCAGCUUGUUGUUGCAUCCUUGAUAGAUCGAGGGAUCAAGACACACCUACUGUUACGUGAUCCCUCAAAAGCAGAGCCUUUGUUUGGUAAACAAGAUCAAAGCAUGCUAAAGAUUUGGAAAGGCGAUACAAGGAAUCCAUCUGACCUGUGUCCGGACAUCUUUGAGGGCGUCACGCAUGUAAUUUGCUGCACUGGGACAACUGCUUUUCCUUCUAGACGCUGGGAUGGAGAUAACACACCAGAAAGAGUGGAUUGGGAGGGGAUUCGCAAUCUUGUAGCUGCAUUGCCUCCAACAAUUACAAGAUUCGUGCUUGUAUCAUCUGUUGGUGUCACAAAAUCCAAUGAACUACCAUGGAGCAUCAUGAAUCUGUUCGGCGUUCUUAAGUUCAAGAAGAUGGCAGAAGAUUUUGUUCGCAAUUCUGGUGUUCCCUACACUAUUAUCAGGCCAGGAAGAUUGACUGAUGGUCCAUAUACCUCAUAUGAUCUAAAUACCCUGUUAAAAGCCACGGCAGGACAGCGUCGUGCAGUUCUUAUAGGUCAAGGAGAUAAACUUGUAGGGGAGGUAAGCAGACUUGUUGUGGCAGAAGCAUGCUUACAGGCAUUGGAUAUAGAGUUCACUCAGGGUGAAAUUUAUGAGAUCAACUCUGUCAAGGGAGAAGGACCAGGUAGUGAUACUGAGAAGUGGAAGGAGCUUUUUAGAGCUGCUCAGACUUCAUAAUCCAAUGGCUUAUAGCUUUAUCUGACAAUUGUCAACCACAGUGUUAUCAUGUAUAUUUAAAAUUGUUUGCACCUUUGGAAAUGUUACUGCAGUAUUUGGGAUUGAUCAUAUAUUCAAAUUCUUAUGCAUUAUAUUAGGUUGAACAAUAUCAAAAGAAAAAGAAAAAAAUAAAAAGUGCGAUAAUUUCAUAUA